UUGGGGGAGGUGCUUGAGGCCGCUCUGGUCGUUGACGUCUGUUGAACGGCUUGUGAGGUCUGCCUGCUUUGGGUAGGGUGUUAAAGUCGUUCUCGAGAAGAACGUCUGUCGGAAGAGAAAAUGAGUUUAGCUCUGAGAAAUGAGCUUGUAGUAGACAAAACAAAGAGGAAAAAACGAAGAGAACUCUCUGAAGAACAGAAGCAAGAAAUUAAAGAUGCUUUUGAACUAUUUGAUACAGACAAAGAUGAAGCCAUAGAUUAUCAUGAAUUAAAGGUGGCAAUGAGAGCCUUGGGGUUUGAUGUAAAAAAAGCUGAUGUACUGAAGAUUCUUAAAGAUUAUGACAGAGAAGCCACUGGAAAAAUCACCUUUGAAGAUUUUAAUGAAGUUGUGACAGACUGGAUAUUGGAUAGAGAUCCUCAUGAAGAAAUAUUAAAGGCAUUUAAACUAUUUGAUGAUGAUGAUUCGGGUAAAAUAAGCUUGAGGAAUUUGCGACGAGUUGCCAGAGAAUUGGGUGAAAACAUGAGUGAUGAAGAACUUCGGGCUAUGAUAGAAGAAUUUGAUAAAGAUGGUGAUGGAGAAAUCAAUCAAGAGGAGUUCAUUGCUAUUAUGACUGGUGACAUUUGAAGAAUUACAAGGAUAAACGCUAAGAAUGUUGCAGUUAUCAUCUUCUGUUUUUGUGCCUGCAGCUAUGUUAAAAAACAAAACAAAGACAACUUAGUUUUUUCCAAGAAGGACCAAAAAUAAGCAUCUUUCUUAUGUAUUCAUAUUUUAUUACUAUUAAGUUUCUUUGUAUGAACAGUAUUGUUGGUACUCUUACUAGCUCAGUUUUGUAUUUAUAAUAUAGUUUUUAUAUAUAUAAAAUGUAAAAAAUUGAAUCAUGUGGUACGCAUUCUUUGUAGGUUUUUUAUUCAGCAUUAGUAGUCACUUGCUUUGGUGGACAUACUUUUCAAACACAUCAAUAAAAUGUUUAUUUUGUUA